AUGAAAAGUACUGGGAUCCUUUUGACUAUCAUAUCUGCAAGCACGGGACUUGGUGCCCUUGCCGAUAUUGCUCUCCUUGAACCUUGGGCUAACACAACAUGGACUUCAGGAGGGAAAGGAAAUAUUCAUUGGAAAUCUGAGGCUUCUGAAAACAACGUAUUUUGUGAUAUUCAGUUGAUGAAUGGCAACAUCACAGAUGGCCAGUUGGUUGCUUAUAUAACUGAUCCACAUGCACCCGUGCUCUGCUCGUCCAAUUCAUACACCGUAUCGCCGUUGAAUGACUUGAGUGAUGGACUCUAUUGGAUUCGAGUUGGUACAAAGGAUCGCUGGGCGUACUCACACCAAUUCCGGUUCAAAGGCUCGGGUGGAAACCUGUCGCUAUAG